AUGACCGACACGGCAUCCGACCGGCAGUGUGGGGUUUCUUUGGAGCUGGGGAACGCCGUUUUAGACCAAAAGAGCGAGAAUGAUGAGGUGGCGAAGAAGCAGGGCAAGAAAGACAAAGGCAAACGCAGGAAUCGCAAAGAAGAGAUGUCUCCUGAGCAUGUAGCAAAGGUCAGAGCAGAAAGAGAAGCAGCUCGCAAAGCUAAGAGAGAGGCAUUGAUCGCGAAGGGUAUGGAUCCCGAUUAUCCCCCAGAACUGCAAUUUAUUAGGAGACCCAUGCUUACCUUGCACGACGGGGAACCUACAAAGGGUUUUACGUUCAGGCUAAUGACUUACAAUUGCCUGGCACAGGCUCUGAUCAGAAGGAAAUUGUUUCCGGACAGCGGCGAUGCUUUAAAAUGGUUCCGCCGCUCUAAGGUGCUUCGGCACGAGUUUGAAGUGUACCGUCCAGACGUGCUAUGUCUCCAGGAAAUCGACUACAUACAGUACCAACAGUUCUGGAAGGAGGAAUUGGGCAAGUUGGGGUAUGAUACACAGUUCUACAAGCAGCCGACGAAAAACCACGGUGUUUCUAUUGCAUGGCAGCGCGACCUCUUUCAAAUGACCGAUCGGAUGCUGAUUGAUUUUGACAAUGAAAGGUCUGGCAACAUAAAGCGAAGAACCCUAACGCAUAAUAGUGGAUUAAUCCUUUCUUUGAGAUUUACUGACAAGGUUAAGCAGAAGUAUCCGCAUAACACAAAGUGCGGCAUCUUGAUCGGGACGAGCCACUUGUUUUGGCAUCCUUUCGGAACAUAUGAAAGAACACGCCAAUGUUACGUGGUGUUGAAUAAAGUGAAGGAGUUCAUGAAGAGGGUGAAUGUCCUGCAGAAUGGCAACGACGGCAAUCUGACGCAGUGGGUUCCUCUUUUCUGUGGGGAUUUCAAUUCCCAGCCCUUUGAUACGCCAUAUCUAUCGAUGACAUCCAAACCCGUGGAAUAUAAAGGCAGGGCAAGGACAGUAAUAGAAUGCAGUACAUCUUAUACAUUCUCAAAGCUGAGAAACGGGGAGGAAGAAGCUGAUGAUGAAGAAGGUGGUAACAUUGAGAAGUUCGGCAAAGAUCAGCCACAAACACCCGUACCUGAGACAUUUACUGCGAACGCUGAGCAAUCGCGUCUUGUUCAUGAAAUGCAAUCCCUACAUAAUUCCCUCGAUAUGAGGGCGAUUUCCCUAUAUUCGGUUGCCUACAAUAAAGUCCAUCCUGACAAUGCAGGCUUAGACAACAAGCGCGGUGAGCCAGAAAUGUCUAAUUGGGCAAAUACUUGGCGCGGCUUGCUUGAUUACUUAUUCCUUAUAACACAAUGGGAUUCUGAUGAUAGGCGAAGCGUGGAUCCGUUGGAUGUUUUUGAGAAAGAAAACUCCAUUAAAAUCAGAGGUCUUUUGCGAAUGCCUCCAUCCAGCGAGAUGCCUCACCAUGGCCAGCCACAUGAGGGCGAAUACGCCAGCGAUCACCUAUCUAUGAUGUGCGAGUUAGAAAUCUCGCCGUAG